GCAAAUUACCUCCCACCCACACGCCUGAAGCACUUCAUACAGACGCGCCGACGCGACAACUCUAACACGACCUCUGGAGGUUCUUGCAGCGCUGGGCGCAUCGCGUCCAUCCGUUCUACAUCCUCGCGCUGGUUUCGCGGCCCUGAGCUCCGUUGCGCGCAUCUCCAUACUGAGCGCGGGAGUGUUUCGCACUUCGAUUUGUAGACUUCACAGAGCGCGAAUGGAGCGCUGACAGGCCCCGGUAGCCUCUGUAAUUACCAAACAAUGCAAGUCGACUAUGGCGACGAGCCAGAUUCGGAUCAUAGCCUUCAUCUUUCAGCCAACUACGAGCACGCGGGGAACAACAGCAACCCGGCGUUCUCACCAUUUCGGCACCCUUCAACUGGUGUACCAGCAAUUGAUCCGGGCCUUGAGCGAAGCACAGGUGCCAGCCCUCACGGACAUGCGCCUUUGUCUGUCAUCUCCCAUUCUGCGAACAACCACCUGCUCCAGCCCCGCAAUGCUUCGAUCAGCAGCGCGCACCUUGGCUUCUAUGGAGCCAUGGCGCGCAGGUCACCGACACCCACGGAUGCCUCCCCGCGCUACGCUGCAGCGACGCCGAACAGUCAGACGAAGCACGUAGCAACCAGCAGCUACACACCCGACGACCGCUCACUUCCAUCGCAAGACGUGUCAGACGAGACCAUCGAUAACGCUUUCGCAAGCUUUAUCUUGUACUGCAAUCCGAGCUUCGCUCACUCCACAGACACUUCUGAGCUAGUGAAGCUGUUUCGAAUACCCCCAAAGAGCGAUGGGAAUGCUUUCAGCACAUGGUCACUGUUCGAGUUGAUAGGGAAGUUCAGUGCCGGAGAGAUCAAGACCUGGACUCAAUUAGCGUUGGACCUCGGGGUAUCACUACCGGAUACCGACAAAGGACAGAGUACGCAGAAGGUCCAGCAGUACUCUGUGAGAUUGAAGCGAUGGAUGCGCGCUAUGCACAUUGAUGCCUUCUUCGAAUACAUGCUUGGAAAGCAGCAUCCUUACUAUCUUCAGAUCCCUCCUCCACACGACCCCUUCCCGGAGGAGGGCCGCGAUGGCGUACCUUUGGAAGAAGAUUUGGCUAUUCGAGCACUUGACCCCAAGUUCAAACCAAAAAGAGGGCGACGUAAAGCUGAUGAUGCAGACGAGGAGAUGGAAACCGAGAUCGACACUCCUGCACGCAAGCGACCUCAACUCGACACUUCAAUACCGUUUGGCAACGCGCUGCAACCGCAGUCGGCAUAUCCCACCAGCGCCCAUCCGGACCAUCACAUGGGUGGCUUCUUAACCCCACAUGACCCAUGGACCGCAGCAUCUGCAAUCACCCCUGCCUCUGUCCUGAAUGCUUCUCAUCGUCUGAAGCAGCAAGAAAACUUGACACCUUACUCUGCUUCACCAUUGUCGGGAGGACAACAUAUUCGCUGGCGAUUGAACUCUCAGGAACCAGCGACGCCCCACCCGUUAUCAGCUGUGACUCCUUCAACUGCGCAUCACUUUUUCGACGAACCUCAGUCAGCAGUGACACCUUCGAGUGCAAGACCGCGCGCACGGCGCCGUCACGGACCAGCUGUUUCUUCUGCGUGGUCAGCUAGUAGUACAACACCGGGCGGAAAACCACGAGGGCGACCUCCCAGUAAUCGUUCCACCAGAGAUGGCCCAUUCGUCACCUUUCCUGUCAAUCCAAGCAGAGAAGGCAUACCUAUUGAUCAGCAACGACACUCCACCGCUUUGACGCCGAUCGCUGAGCGGCCACAAUCCAAAACACCACCGCCUGGACAAGUGUUCCGUUUCCCACCGACUCCAGCAUCAGCACUGCCACCCUCCACAGGAGAGUCGCCGGUCAUUAGUGCCGGCGGGACCCAGAGACAACGGCUGAGUUUACAGGUACCGCAGAACAUUGGCAACCCUGUCCGCCUCAUUACUCCUACUGUCUUAGUCAACGGUGAAGAAAACCCUACGCCUAGCACCGCUGCAGCAUCCUCAGCAACCAGCUUUAAUUCUGAUCGUAGCUUCUCUGCGCACUCCUUUGGCACCACCAGUCAUCACAACUUCCAUGGGCACUUCACUCCAAUCGAGACUCCUGCACGGCCUCAGCCACCGCCGCGUUUACAAAGCGAGACUACAUUAUCAACAGCGCAAAACUCGCUGCCAUCCAUAUCUUUGGAGGUACUCAACCGUGCUCUAGCUGCUGAGCUCAUUCGCGCCCCACUCACGGGUCGGCGAAAACGCCUCAGGGGCAAUGAAGCAAAGAAUCUAGCUUCGGCAGUUCUUCUGCCCCUGUAUGCGAAGCCAUCAGUUGGACAGUCCCCAUCAAAGGUCAUGAGCGAUCAUGUCUUGGGCAUUGCUAUCAGCAGCUGUCUUGGACUAUCCAAUGCCUCGGGCAUUGCUCUUGGAGGGCCCAAUGGAGGUGUGAAGAGAGUUGAAUGCGCACGUUUUCGUGUAGGAGGGGACGGUUACGAGAGCCCCAUCGAUGACAACGAAGACGAUACCGAGAGCAUAAACGGCUCAGGAGUAGUCAAAGAGACAUUCGAUGUCUACUUUGCUGUAUCGUUUGGUGGCUUGUCCGGAGAGUGGACAGCAAAGGGUCUACAUGCCAUUGCCGAAGACACCGAACCCAAGGACACGCGGGCAGGUGCACAUGAAGAUCGCAUUGAGCCUGGCCAACACGCCACAGCAGCGUGGAAGUCGAAGUUCGAAGCAGCGCAGAGGAAGCUGUGGGAGAGCCAAGAGGAAGUCAAGAAUCUGAAGGAAAGAAUUCUCGAGGCCGUUUUGUAAAUUGGCGUUUGGUGCAUGGUUUCCGGUCUUGCUAUAUACCCAAUGUUUCGACAUUCUUGGUACGUGGAUCUUAGCAGAUCUUGCAGAGAGCUUAUAUAGUUUUGUUAAUCUGUACACGAUACGAGCUUGUCCAGACAAGCUCUAAGUGACGGCGGUCCACUGGGUAUCAUGGUGAUAUGCAUUGCUGUUAUCUCAUACGGCUCUCAUCAAGCUGAUGAUGCGCCUUCUGCUGCUACUGCAAGCUCGUCCUUCUCCCAAGGCUUCUUCCUCUUCGGCUUCUCAGCCUGUGUGCCCUGCCCUUCCAAGACAGUGUUCGGUAUCUCCUUAAUGCCCGGGAUCGGCUGUCCGGUCGUGAUGAGCUCUACAAUAUGCGCGAAUGAGGUGGGGUACGGCGCAGGAGGUUCACUUGGGUUCGUAGGCGCUGGCAUUGCGCUACUCGGUGCAUCGAAGGUAGACUCGCUGAAGUCGAGCGGCUGCACGCCGUUCG